CAUCAACAACAACAACAACAACAACAACAGCAGCAGCAGAAGCAACAGCAACAACAACAACAACAACAACAACAACAACAGUUCAGGGCGGGAAUAGCUGAUAAUGUUGAAACUCCAUGUAAUAUUACCAUCACGGUAGUUGGACACAAAGGAGUUGGGAAAUCCUGUUUUGUGAAACAGAUCCAGAAAGAAUACAUUCCGGAAGGUGGGCCUACUUCAACCAACACCGCUGACUUUUUUGUUAAUUACUUAGCUUACGAUCCGAACAGCGGUUUCCGAAAGAAACUUGAUAAAAAUGGGGAAGAGGAGACUGGUCGGAUAAGAAUUAAAAGGAUCAUAGAUCGAUACCGAAAACAAGCGAAGUCUGAUAAAGAAUCUCCUGUAAGUGUGACCAAUCUUCAGGACCAGGGUGUUAAAGAUCAACCAGCAUCUCUCACCAAAGCAAAAGUGAGAAAUGAAGUCGCAUCAACGUCAUCAUCUGCCGCAAAAUCUGCACAAGAACCAUCAUCUCCAUCUUCAUCGACAAAACCAGAAGAUCGCCGGAAAAGGCAAUCGCAUUCGCAUCAUUCCCGUUCAAAUGAUAUGAAGCGUAUGGAGUUAUCUUCCGAACAACAAAAUGUUAUAGAAGAGAUUAUGCAGACUGAAACUGAGGAAAAAGACAAGCAGACGGAGGGCUUCAUCACAAUCUAUGAUUUUGGAGGAGAGAAAGUGUUCUAUAACACCCAUCACUGUUUUAUGUCAAGUAACAUGGUCUUCGUUCUGGUGUUCGACGUGGCGAUGUGUCUUGAUCCUACUAGGUCAAAGGAUGGCUAUGAAAGGAUCGAAACCUGGCUGAGGUCUAUUGCUACCUAUGCUAUUGACCAAGCCGCCGGUGGUAAAGGGACGCCUCCCGUAAUCCUGGUUGGAUCUCACUUGGAUAAAGUUUCUCAAGAUAAACAAAAACAGGAAGAAGCAUUUGGCGAAGUGCUGAACAAAUUGUACGAGAACCCUCAACUAAGUGCAAUUAUGGAAAAUCACGUACAGGAAAUGUAUCCAAUCGCCCACCUGAACGAUUCUGAAAAGAAUCAAGACCUAUACGAGGUGGUAUGGAAAAAGGUUAUAGAGAUUGCUCCGCUUCAAUCGCAAUGGAAGAAACCUAUACCCGCAAGAUGGCUGGCUCUGCAACACCAGCUGAUUAAACGGAAAAAUGCUGGGACUGUGAUUCUAACGUAUGAAGAAUUGUUGGAAAUCAACAACCAGUCAGCAAUCCCGUUGGCCGAACACGAAGUCACAGACUUUCUUAGGAAUUUGAUAUUUGCUGGAUUCCUAUGCUUCGACUUUGGAAGUCUGAGACCUUUUGUCGUGUUAAGACCUCAGUGGAUAAUAAACGGCUUCAAAAGCAUUAUCACAGAUUCAAGUUUCAUGACAGGCCUAUCGGCGAAGAUAAAAGCUCAGUGGACAAAAUAUGAGAGAACUGGUGUCCUUAAACUCGACUUGAUCCAGCAACUUUGGGAACGAAACGACGACAAAAGCUUCUUUGAAAACAUGAAAACGCUCUACAACAUCAUGGAAACACUUGGCUUGCUAGCAAAUCCAAUGCUAGAUAUUUCAAAUGAAGAGGUUGAUUACUUCAUAGUGCCAAGUAUGCUCCGGCCGGCGGAUCCCGAAAUUAUUCGACCAGUACUUGAUGACCCUGAAACCGUUGCCACUGUCACACUUUGUCUCAUGUUCGACAACCCAUUCAUUCCGCUAGCCGUAUGGGACAAGAUGAUUGCUGCCUGCCUCCACAGGUUCCAGCGACUUAAUGAGCGCCGCCAUGACGGUUCAAGGUUUAUCCAACGCGGAUUUGUCUGUCUGUCUGUAGACUUUCUGUGGAACGUGAUUGUCAACUGCCGCGAAAAUGUCAUGAAAAUUACCAUGUUCAAGAAGGAUACGGAUCAAUCAGUUCCAACAGGAGUCGGAGUUAACUUACGCAGCAUUCUAGAAUUUCAUCUUAACAGGAUUCUAGAAUUGAAUCACCAGAGUCAUCUCAAGUACCAAUUCUACCUCCACAACGACUACUCCUUCUCUGUCGAGGACAAGAUGGUGAAGGUAGACGAUCUCCGACAGACCACACGCCUACAAUGCCACAGUUCUGAUAAGAGCCGAUGGCUAGAAAUAGAGGACAUACACAUCUGGUUCAAACACCCAGACCAGAAGAGUACGUGGACCCAGAGAAGUCAUGUUGACUCGAUGAAGGAUCUACCGGAUAGAAAGCUGUCAGGCAAAGAGAUGGGUCGACUGUCCAGAUACAUCGGUUUUUCAUAUCAGACUUUCUUUGUCGAGCUGGGCUGCCCUUUUGUAGUACUGGAACAGAAGAUGGCAGAAAACCGUGAAUUCUCCUUUAGAACUCUCAUAACGAAGAUCUUUAUUCACCUCCUUCAAACGAAUGCGGAUGUUACAUUCACAAGAGUUGCAGAUGCGAUGUCAGAACAUGGCUUGGAUCCAGAAACACUGUAUAACAUCCUUGACGACAACAGGGAUAUGUUGUUUAAUGACGACAUUUUGUCGGAGGGAUUGUUACAGAAAUGCCUAACUGUAUAUGACGCUCCGGUCAUAGCCAAACUCGUGAACGCCAAGGACUACUACAACCUGUUCCUUGAGCUCGGCUUAACGCCAAUAAGAGUUGACGAGUUUGACGUCAACUUCAGAAACGAUACAAUUCUCAACAGGAUCAAUGCGAUGGUUGAGGAGUUUAUUGAGAAUCCUAGUCGACGUCCUACUCUAAACACAGUUCUGCUUGCGAUGGCGGAAUGCGACAUGGACACCAAUUCCCUCCUACAAGCCCUAACUCAAACAAAGUGAAAGCAGGACAGCCUAUUAGAUGUUUGAGAUUUGGAGCAAGUUCCGGACUGUCUGUUGAUGUUCUGACGCGGAAAAGCGGCCAGAUUACAACGGAUGUUACAUCUCUCGGGAUGAAUCCAGGUUUCACAAGAGAACAUGUCAAGAAAGGCCGACUUGGUAUCAGUGACGUUAAAGACGUCAAAUUAUGUUAACGUAUUGAUUCUGGAUCGGCAGUGUUUGUCGUGACCCUUACCCUACAUACUACCCAGACGCGUGACUGUAGAUAGCAAUUGAGUUGAUCAACAACAAUACAAUUGAUAAACCAAUUGGAAGCAUUCACGGGAAACUCAAAUCCGACCAUGUAAAGGCGCUCGUGCUUAAAACGCUUACACUUUGUACAUAACGAAACAGACGCUAUGGCAUUCACAGUGUAUUACAUGUAUGUUAAUGCUGCCUUGUUUAGAAAAACGAGCUAUUUCUCAACAUUUUUAAUCUAUCUAUGUGAUGAUGGAAUCUAUUUUAUAUAUAAUAAUUUGUUGGUCUAUAGUGUCUGAACAAUAGUAAGGAUUUCAUUUCAAUGUAAGAUUUCUGUCUGUGUACAUAGAUGAUGUUAUAUACUGAAUAUUAUCAUUUUCAUUGUAAAUAUAUUCAGAAACAAAUUAACGUUAGAAUAUAUCAGAAUGGUGUAAUCGUAGAUAUAUUGCAUAUAUUGUUAUUUCAAUAAUCUUACCAAUAUUUUCAACAAGGUUUUUUUUAUAUACCCAGACGUUACUAUAUGAUGACCAUUUUAUAACGUCGAUCGGGUCCAUGGUGAAUAAGGUCGUUGAACUGGACCCAGUUGUUCCAAAUGGCGAUUAGGCUUAUCACAGUUAAACAACAGUUUUAAAAUCCGGACAAAAGUAUUUGUAAACUAAUUCUGCUAACUUUUAUUAAAUUAUAACACUACCUACCUAUUUUAAGAAAUAAUUACACCCAGGAUUGGAAAUAAAGAUAAAAUGGAUUGUUAACUAAUCAUGUGAUUCAGCUAACUACCUUUUGAACAACUGGGCCCUGUUAUUUUUUUAUUAUGUUUUAUUCUUGUUUUCCCCUAACAAAAAGACGUUUGUUUUUUGGAAUAGCAAGAUUAUGUAGUACGACCGACAAUGUCAAAAUGCAAUAUAAUGUUCUGUUGGGGUAUUGCGAUUAUUUUUGAAACAGUUUAUUAGUAUCUUUAAAUAUGCAUAAUUUUUGUUUACAUUUAUUUUACCUUUGUUUUCAUAUACAAUACAAUUUGUUCGAGAGUAUGAUAUGUUGAUUGUUUGCUCAUUUUAAAUGAUGAACACAGUUUACCAACCGGAAAACGGACAUAGGUAACCAUGUCGUUUAUUUGUUGACUGGGUUUAUCGACAAGUAAACAACCAGAGUCAUACCUACUUGUCCUGAUUUAGUCAAUAUAGUGUACGUACAGGUCCUUAUUUAUUCAAUGUAUUGUGCAUACACAUCCUGAUUAAGUCAGGUACAUAUAUUGUACGCACACGUCCUGAUUUAGUCAGGUACAUUUAGUGUACGUACACGUUCUGAUUUAGUCAAAUGCAUAGACUGUACGUACAUGUCCUGAUUUAGUCAGACACAUAAAUUGUACUUACACGUCCUGAUUUAGUCAGGUACAUAUGUUGUACGUACACGUCCUGCUUUAGUCAAAUGCAUGGAUUGUAUGUACACGUCCUGAUGAAGUCAGGUACAUAGAUUGUACGUACACGUCCUGAUUAAGUCAGGUACAUUAAUAGUACGUAUACGUCCUGAUUAAGUCAGGUACAAACAUUGUACGUAUACGUCCUGAUUUAGUCAGGUACAUUAAUUGUACGUUCACGUCCUGAUUAAGUCAGGUACAAACAUUGUACGCACACGUCCUGAUUAAGUCAGGUACAAACAUUGUACGCACACGUCCUGAUUUAGUCAGAUACAUAGAUUGUACGUACACGUCCUGGUUUGUUCAGGUACAUUAAUUGUACGUACACGUCCUGAUUUAGUCAGGUACAUAG